AUGUCCGACAAGCUUACUCGUGUUGCCAUUGUCAACAGUGACAAAAAAUGUCGCCAGGAGUGUAAGAAGUCUUGCCCCGUCGUCCGUACGGGCAAGCUCUGUAUCGAAGUGACGCCGGAAUCCAAGAUCGCCUUCAUCUCCGAGCGCCUUUGCAUCGGUUGUGGUAUCUGUCCCAAGAAAUGCCCUUUCGGCGCGAUUCACAUCAUCAACUUGCCCACCAAUCUGGAAACCCAGGUCACCCACCGUUACUCUGCCAACAGCUUCAAGCUUCACCGUCUUCCUAUGCCCCGUCCCGGUCAGGUUCUCGGUCUGGUUGGAACAAACGGUAUCGGAAAGAGUACCGCUCUGAAGAUUCUCAGUGGCAAGCUGAAGCCCAAUCUCGGACGCUAUGACAACCCUCCUGAUUGGGAGGAGAUUCUGAAGUACUUCCGUGGUUCCGAACUGCAGAACUACUUCACCAAGGUUCUGGAAGACAACCUGAAGGCUGUUGUUAAGCCUCAGUAUGUCGAUCAGAUUCCCCGCGCUGUGAAGGGCCCAGUCAAGAAUGUUGGCGACCUUAUCAAGGCUCGUGCUCAGAUGGACAACAUGGAGAGCAUCUUGGAUGCUCUUGAGCUCAGACAGGUGCAGAACCGUGACAUUGACCAUCUCUCUGGUGGUGAGCUUCAGCGUUUUGCUAUCGGUCUUGUUUGCGUGCAGAAAGCCGAUGUGUACAUGUUUGACGAGCCGUCCUCCUAUCUUGAUGUGAAACAGCGUUUGGCCGCCGCUCGUUCCAUCCGUGACCUUCUGCGCGCCGAUGACUACGUCAUUGUUGUCGAGCACGAUUUGUCUGUUCUCGACUACCUUUCCGAUUUCGUCUGUGUGCUCUACGGAAGACCUGCCGUGUAUGGUGUUGUUACCCUCCCAGCUUCGGUCCGCGAAGGUAUCAAUAUCUUCUUGGAUGGUAAUAUUCCCACUGAGAAUCUUCGUUUCCGUGAGGAGUCUCUCACUUUCCGUCUGGCUGAGGCUGGUGACGAUUUCCUGGUCGAUAGAGCUCGUGCUUUCAGCUACCCGACCAUGGAGAAGACCCUCGGCAACUUCCAUCUGAAGAUCGACUCCGGUAGCUUCACCGAUUCGGAGAUCAUUGUCAUGAUGGGUGAGAACGGUACUGGCAAGACCACCUUCUGUAAGAUGCUCGCUGGUGCCGAGAAGCCCGAUGGAAAUGUCACAUUGCCCCGUAUGCACAUCAGCAUGAAGCCUCAGAAGAUUACCCCCAAGUUCCAGGGUACCGUGCGUCAGCUCUUCUUCAAGCGUAUCAAGGCCGCUUUCCUCUCGCCCCAGUUCCAGACCGAUGUCUACAAGCCUCUCAAGAUCGACGAUUUCAUCGACCAGGAAGUCCAGAACCUUUCCGGUGGUGAAUUGCAGCGUGUCGCCAUUGUUCUCGCUCUCGGAAUGCCCGCCGAUAUCUACGUGAUUGACGAGCCUAGUGCGUACCUUGACUCCGAGCAGCGUAUCAUCGCCGCCAGAGUCAUCAAGCGUUUCAUCAUGCACACCAAGAAGACCGCUUUCAUCGUCGAGCACGAUUUCAUCAUGGCCACUUAUCUCGCCGACCGUGUCAUCGUCUUCGACGGCAAGCCGUCCAUUGAUGCGCACGCCAACACCCCCGAGUCCCUGGUCACCGGCUGCAACACCUUCUUGAGAAACCUGGACGUUACUUUCCGUCGUGACCCCAACAGUUACCGUCCCCGUAUCAACAAGUACAACAGUCAGAUGGACCAGGAGCAGAAGUUGGCUGGAAACUUUGCCUCGCGCCGCCGUAGUCGUGGCGCGCGCCCUGUUGGCGAUCUAGCUGGUGCUUCGGACGAGGAGGACGACGAUGACGAUGACGACGAUGGUGAUGGGGACAGCGGGUUCACCUGUUCCUGA